AGGAAGUGGCAGAUCUUUUCCGGCUGUGUAUUUUCAAAUUCUAGCGAUCUCGAGCUGGUUUCUCCAAAAUGACCUACCCCACCUUUAAGUUGACAUGAUGACCAGGAAUCAGUGGAAAGAUUAGGCGAGAAUGUUUUUAAACCCAACAGUUGGUUUCCAGUUGAACACGUCUCUGAUGUUACCUGCAGAGUGACAUUAUGGCGACAGCAGCAACAGUGUCUGAGCUGAGGGUUGUUCUGCUGGGGAACAGCUGGUCUGAGAGGAGUUCAGUGGGGAACUUCAUACUGGGAUGGUCUGUGUUCAACAGUGAGGAAGAACCAGACCACUGUCAGAGAGAGAGUGGAGAGCUGGAGGGGAAAAGAGUAGUUGUGAUCAACACCUCAGAUCUGCUGCACUCCUUCAUCUCUGAAGACAAACUGACAGAACAUGUGAACGUCUGUGUGAGGCUCUCUGAUCCUGGACCUCAUGUGUUCCUGCUGCUUCUACAGCCUGAACACUUCACUGAGGAACACAAACUGAGACUCUGCACAGUCCUGAAUCUCUUCAGUGAUCAGGCAUUUGAUCAUUCACUGAUUCUGAUAUCACCAUCCAGAGAGGAGGGUUCAGGUAUCAUCGACAAGUGUAUGCAACAUGCUCCCUUAAGAGACAUGAUCAGAAAAUGUAGAUACAGAUAUUUGAGGCAGAACCUUGUCCAUCCAGAGCUGUUAACACGUUUGGGUCAGACUGCAAAGGAGAACAAUGGAGAGCCUCUGAGCUGUGAUGUGUUUGAGUUUGAGGAUGCAGGUUUGAUCAUGACACCAACGUCUGAAAUCAUGAAAGCAGCUUUAAACCUGGUUCUGUGUGGCAGGAGAGGAGCAGGGAAGACUUCAGCAGCCAAGGCCAUUUUAGGUCAGACAGAUUUCCCGUCAGUCUCCAACUCCUCAGAGUGUGUUAAACAUCAGGGAGAGGUGUGUGGAUGCCGGGUUUCCCUGGUGGAGCUGCCUGCUUUGUGUGGAAAACCUCAGGAGGAAGUGAUGGAGGAAUCAUUCAGGUGUGUCUCCCUCUGUGAUCCUGAGGGCGUCCAUGCCUUCAUCCUGGUCCUACCUGUGGGUCCCCUCACUGAUGAAGACAAGGGAGAGUUAGAGACCAUCCAGAACACAUUCAGCUCUCGAGUCAACGACUUCACCUUGAUUCUGUUCACCGUGGAGUCAGAUCCUACAGCUCCAGCUGUUGUUAACUUUCUAAAGGAGAACAAGGACAUCGAGGAGCUCUGUCAGAGCUGUGGAGGAAGACAUGUUGUUCUCAACAUCAAGGACCAGCAGCAGAUCCCAGAGCUGUUGAAUACUGUGGGAGAGACCAGAGUCGGAGGAUCCAGGUGCUUCACAAUGAAGAUGUUCACCAAGGCUCAGAUGGAAAAGGUAGUACAGCAGGAUAACACCAACAAGAUAAAUAAAACUGAACAGCAGUAUGUUAAAAAGAAAAGUGAGAUGUGCGGUGUUGAUGAAAGUCAGACCAGAGAGUGUCUGAGGAUGGUGCUGAUUGGGAAGACUGGCAGUGGAAAGAGUGCAACUGGAAACACCAUUUUGCGAAAAGAACAUUUUACAUCCAGCCAGAUGUCUACGACGACCAUUUGCCAAAAAGCAACAGGAGAGAUUGAUGGACGCCCUGUCACUGUGGUCAACACACCUGGCUUGUUUGACACAACUCUGUCUGAUGAUGAAAUUCAACAAGAGAUCAAAAAAUGCAUCAGCAUGUUGUCUCCUGGACCUCAUGUUUUCUUAUUGGUGCUGCAGAUCGGCCAAUUUACACCGGAGGAAAGACUUCCAAAUAUUUUGGAACGAAAUCUGGAGAUUUCAUCAUCCCUAUAUUCACCAGGAUAUGAACUUGGAGAGCAUUCUUUUGAGAGUUAUGCUGAACUUUGUGGUGGCUUGGUCAAAAAAGUCAUCAAUGACUGUGGAGGGAGAUACCAGGUCCUCAAUAACAAAGAUGACGCAAAGGACACACAAGUCAGAGAGCUGCUGACCAAGAUCGAGACCAUGGUGAAGGAAAAUGGCAGCUGCUGCUACACUGAGGGAUACACAGAAAAACAAGUGGCGAAGAUUUUGAAAGGGAAGGAAGAAGAAAUGAAGAGACAGGACAAGGCCCUCCGGAGAAAACAUGAUGAUGAUGAUAUGAGAACACUGGAACGCAAAAUCAAAGAAGAGAAAGAAAUGAGAGAAAGACAGCUGAAGGAGAAAGAACAAGGCAUUAACAAGGAGUGUGAGGAGAGAAAGAAAAAACAGGAGGAAGUUGAAAGAGUACGGAAAAAACAAGAAGAAGGUAGGCAAACUGGAAGCUGCAGAGAAACAAGUUGAAUCAGAAAGAGAGCAAAAUGACAAUUUUUCAAAGAAACUGGAGCUGAUUAGAAAAGACAUGAAGAGAGAACGAGACGCCUUGAAUAAACAGAGCCUGGAGGAAUGCAAAACCAACUACAAGAAGCUGCAAGACGAGUACCAUUGGAAGAGAAGAAAAUAUACAUGUUCUACAAU